AUGAAGGCUGAAAGUACCAAGCUGAAAGAGAUUGCUCCCAGCUCUGAAGAGGACUACUCUUCCGACGACUCCUCUUCCUCAGAAGAUGUCACCGAGGAUGAGGACGGAGCUGAGCUCACUCCUGCCAUGGACGCUGCCAUCUUGAGAACUCUGAGAAAGAUCAAGGGGAAAGAGGGCGAUAUAUACGGCAGGGAAAACAUUAUACAAGCGGAGCUCAAGAAGGCGCAAGAGUUGGCCCAGAGUAGAGGCCUCAAUAGCAAUGUAAUCAAGAAAGUUGUUGAGAAGCCGUAUCUACUCCAAGACUAUCACCGAAAGAAGCUGCUUGAGGGAAAUUUUGGCGAAGACGAGGAAGAUGACGAACCGUUGACCCACGUCGAGUCCCAAUAUCGUCUUCGACAAGAAGCCCGCUCUGCUUUUGCUGGCUUGGUUGAAGAGUCCGACGACAAUGAUUCCGAUGAAGAAGGAUUCUUGAAGAAGCGCGACAAGGAAGGAGACGAGGUAGACGCAGAUGAUGAGGAGUACCGAAAGUUCUUGUUGGAGAUGGGUGGGGGCGAAGAAGAGGUCAAGCAGCUCUUGGGUAUGGGUGACCAGCCUGCCAUCCUCCAAACUGUCGAUGAUGGUGACGAGGAAGAGCCAGGACAGGCCGUUGCUGUCAGUAAGGUUGAGAAGGAGGAAAUGAAGAAUGAGAGGAAGAAGAAGAAGGAAAUGAAGAUCAAGGAGGACGAUGAUUUUCUCAUGAACUACAUUCUCAACCGAGGCUGGAUUGAUCGCACGGACGAUCAUGUCCCCACGUACGACGAAGUCGUUGGCAAGACAACAUCAGAAGAGCCUGAACAGGUCAAGGCUCCUAAGGCCUCCACAUCGUCUCACCCCUGGGGCUCUUUGGACGACGAUGAAGACUUUGAAGAUCGUGCGGAGCAAUUUGAAACAGAGUACAAUUUCCGUUUCGAAGAGCCCGGUGCAUCCACCAUCAUGACCCACCCCCGAGACAUUGCUUCCCUUGUUCGACGUCCAGAUGAUGCUCGUAAAUCCAAGCGUGCCCGGAAGGCCGAGAGGAAGGCUGCCGAGAAGGCUGCCAUGGAAGAAGGGCUCAAGAAGGAGAAGGGAAAGAAGAGACGGGAGAUGGAAGCCCUGAAGAAAGAUCUCGAAAGAGAGGGUGUGAAGGGCGUGGAGCUGGACAAACUCGGAAAGGUGUUGGAUGGUGAAUGGGACGAGAAUAUCUGGGACAAGGUCGUUGGUGGCAUUAUUGGCGAUGAUGCCGAAGACGACGAUAAUGUCAAGCCAAGUUGGGACGAUGACCUUGGAGAUGCUCCCUACGACGACGAUGCUGAAGAAGGUGACUUCCACUACGAAGCCACUGGGGAAGAUGCCGACGACAUGGACGUCGAUUACGACAAUGAUGGCCCUAUCAACAUGGACGCUGAUUUCAUGAACGAGCAGCCGACAUCCAAAAAGUCAAAGAAGAAGUCCAGGAAGGACAAACAGUCUAAGCACAGAAAUCCUUCUCCGUCUCCCGAAUCUGAGGAGGAAAGAGACAAGGACAUGUCUAUUGCCGAAAAGGCUCAGGCCCUCAAGGAAGCCGCCGAAUCGUACAACGCCCUCGCGUACGAAGACUUUAUCGGUGACAUGCCCACCAGAUUCAAAUACACCCAAGCACCCUCCGCCUCCUUCGGUCUGACGCCUGCCGAGAUAUUGCUCGCGACGGAUGACGAGCUCAACCAGAUUGUUGGUAUGAAGAGCAUCGCACCAUACAAGAAGGGUGGUAUCGGUAUGGCCGGAAAGGGACUGGGGCAGAGGGUCAGGCAAUUGAAGGAUCAAUUGAAGGAGAGAAGGUGGGGCGAGGAGCCUGGCAUGCCCAGCAGUGGAAAGAGGGAGAAAAAGAGAAAGAGAGAACACCAUGAUACUCCUGUCAACGGUGAGGCAAGCGGAGAAACAGCGGUCGAGCACAACCAGGCCGACAGGGAAAAGAAGCCGAGUGACAAGGUGAAGAAUGGAAAGAGGAUGGGCAAGAAGGAGAGGCAAAGACUGCAAGCGGCCGAAGCUAGCUCUGGUGAAAUCGUCUCCGCCGAUGUGCCUGCGAUGCCUGUUGCUGUCUCUUCUGCCAGCGAAGUACCCGCCAAUGAAGGUGUACCCGAAGGCGGCGAGAAAAAGAAGAGGAGAAAGAAGAACAAGAGCAAGAGUGAAGUUGCUGCUUGA